CGCCAUGUUGUCUAUCUUUUCUUAACAGUCUUCAGCAAGAAGUUUAGUUUGACUUACUUAGUCUGCCAGUACAGAAGGUGUAAUUCCCCUGGUGAGGCCUGAGGCUCAUGCCAUUGCACAGAAAUGGGAACCUCCCCAUGGUCUACUUUCAAGAUUUUGUGCUGGAGGGAUUUCAGGGUGGCCUGGAGACCCAGGCUCUGCUCUUUGCUGUUCUCCUGAACCUGUACAUGGUAAUUGUGAUGGGGAACCUCACUAUUAUCAUGGUCAUCACCUUGGAUGCCCGCCUGCACUCUUCUUCCUCAUCUGUCAUUGCCCCCAGUGCCCCGGCCAACUUCUCCCCACCCAAGGUCAUCACCUGCUGUGCCACCCAGUUAUUCCUCAUCUCCUUACUGGUCACCACUGAAGGCUUCCUCCUGGGCGUCAUGGCCUGUGACCAUUUCAUGGCCGUCUGCAGCCCCCUGUGCUACCCUAUCACCAUGUGCCACUCCCUCACUCACCUGGUGCUGGGCACCUACUGUGGAGGCUGCCUCAACUCUGUUGCACAGACCAGCCUCCCAUUCUGCCUCCCAUUCUGCAGCUCCAACUGCAUCAACCACUUCUUCUGUGACGUGUCCCCUCUGCUCCAGCUCGCCUGUGGCAGCACAGCCAUCAACGAACUUCUGUUUGGCAUCUGUGGGCUCAUCAUUGUGGGUGUGACAUUUAUAGUCCUCAUCUCCUAUGGCUACAUCACAGUGACCAUCCUGAGGAUGCGCUCAGGAGCUGGGAGACGCAAGGUCUUCUCCACCUGUGGCUCCCACGUGACUGUAGUGACUCUCUUUGUUGGGACUGUCUUUGUCAUGUAUGCCCAGCCAGGAGCCAUUGAGUCCAUGGAGCAGGGCAAGGUGGUCUCUGUCUUCUACACGUUGGUCAUCCCAAUGCUCAAUCCUCUCAUCUACAGUCUUCGAAACAAGGAUGUGAAGGAGGCCCUGUGGAGGCUGGGCCAGAGACACAUGGUCACAUGAAGGAUGUGCUGGUGGGAGACAGUGUCCUACAGGUUGGAUGGAGACCUCAGAGAGACACUGAAAUGUGAGGACCCCUUCAGACCUCUUCCACUUCCAGAAGGAAUUAGAUGUGUUAAGAAAUUCACUCAUUUACGCAUUUGAUCAAUGUUGCUUGAAAGUGUUUAAUGGACCACAUGUUUACUAAGUCUGAAAUGUAUAGACAAAUAAGGAUGUUCUUCACCCCAAACUAAAUGUUCAAGGAAGGAGCAUAACUUGAAUCACAUGAAUAUAGAGCAAUCUCUGGGCAUCAAGACAGGGGUGGCAUCAUGGUUCUCUGGGCAAUCCAUGGGAUUCAACAAGAAAGAAGUCAAAUGAUUGUGCAUCUUGAUCAAACUGGGAAGAAAAAAAUGUUUGCAUCACAGCACCUCCACUCUCCUGUCCUCCAGAUGCAGGGCCUUGUUGUCUCUUGUUGGCCAGACAUGAGCAUUAACUAAAAGGGGCACCUGCCCCCAUUUACCUCUCAUCAGCCUGUCCUCAACACCAUCGCCAGAGAUACCUGUUUAAAACAAUCAUUUAAUGCAAGGCCAAGGCACUCCCUAUGGUGGGUUUGGCUGGAGUGGUUCAGGUCUGACUACAGGGCGUCUCUCACAGAGGAGCCAGGUUGCUGGUCUGAGGCAAAUGUACUGGUUUCGUUCAGGGAAGAAGAUCCCUUGAGCUCUGCUUCAUGGUACCAAGCAGGGGAGACACUGUCACUAGAAAAGACGACCCAGAGCUCUAGCCAGGACAUCCACCUUCCUAGUCACAGGUCGAGAGACAUGAAGUACAAACAGAUAGAUAUAAUUUUUAUCUAUCUGCGGAAAAAUGCUCAAAUCACACCCAAACAGGGAGUUCCCCACCCAGGUCAAGAAAAGAAACCUACCCAGUUUCCACAACACCCCUCCUACCCCCUUCUGGUUAACGCCUAUCCUGCCUCUGAUGCACAGAUUGGUUUUGCCUGCCGUGAACUUCCUAUGAAUAGAACCACACAGCGUUCCUUCUUUUGUGACUUUUUUUCCCUGCUAAUAUUCUCUUUGUGAGAUUAAUCCUUGUGACUGUAUAUAGUAGGAGUUUGUUAAUUGUCACUAACGUAUAAAUUUAAUUAUAUGGAGACACCAUUAUUUGUCCGUCUUACUGCUGAUGAACACUUGGGUUGUUUCCAUUUAUUGGCUUUUUUACAAAAAUGCUGCUACGAAAUUCUUUUACAUGUUUUGUUUUGUUUUGUUUUGUUUGUUUUGCUAUGAGUAAAUUCCUGUUGGGCAUUCUUAGUGGACUUGCUCAUCUUUUUGGAUAACUCAAGUUUUCCAAAAAUGUUACAGCAAUCUUUGUUCCCAGAAAUAGUGCACAAGAGUUCCUGUUGCUGCAUAUUAUCACGAAUAAGUCAUGUUGUCUGUCUCACCAAUUUUAACCAUUCUGGUGGGCAUGAAGCCACCAUGAUAUGUGGCCAACGGGCUGACCAGAUUACCAUAUAAUUAGCAGCAAUUUGGAUGUCCUUUUUGGGGAAGUAUAUAUGCUUUGCUCAUUUCUUACACUGUACUGUUUUUCUUUUUCAUAGUGAUAGUAGAAUUUUUUUUCUAUAUUCUGGAUAGGAGCCCUUUAUCAGUUUUAGGAUUUGCAAAUAUCUUCGCCCUCUUUGUAGCUUCCACAUUUGUACUUGUAUUGAUUAAAAAAAAUUUUUUUUUGAUAAUCAGAAGUUCUUAAAUUUACUCAGUAAAGUUAAUUUACCAACCAUUUCCUUCAUGGUUACUUUAUCCUAUGGCAUGUUUAAAGAACUAUUGCCCAUACUAGAUCAAAAAGAUAUUUCUCUAUGUUAUCUAGUAGAAGUUUUCUUCCUUUGUCUUUUAUAUUAGUAUCUAUAAUCCACAUGGAGUUAACUUUUUUGUGGUUUUUGUGAUGUAGGGGUUAUUUCGGGUUUUUUUUUCCAUAUGGUUAUCCUACUGACCUUUU